GGAUUCUGAAAAGAUACUAUAUCAUUUAGACUGCUAUUCCGACUUUGAACCUAUGACGUACUAAGAGUGAAGCUUUCAUUGAUUGGAUAAAAAGGGUGACGUCAGGUCCGGGCCGGCCUUGGCGCUCGCCGGCGCGGCGGCGGGCUGCAGUUGUUUGUCGGAGCUGCGACGUGCGGAUGAUCGGGGACGGACGGACUGUGCUCGGUGGACGGACGGCGAGCGGAGCUUCUGCGACCGGAGAACUGAGACAGCGCACUUGAAGGACCGCAGGGAGGGAGCUGAGAGUAGACCGGCGAAUCCGUGCCUCUAGCCCAGUCGAGUCGCCGUCACCAUGGACAAGCCGACGGCGCCGCCGCCGGGCUUCGUGCCGCCCUCAGACGCACCACCGAGCUACAACCAGGCGAUGGGAGGCGGCGUGGCGCCCCACUCGCCCUACCACCCGCAGCCGCCUGCUGCCACCAUUGUGCGCGAGGAGGCGAUGGUGUUCCCCGCCGACACCUCGGUCCAGUACGUGGCCCCGCAGCAGCAACAGUAUGGAUACGUGGCGGCGCACCAGGUGCACGUGCCGGUGGUGACCACCGUGGUGCCGCCCGGCCCCAACCCCACGCACAUGAUCUGCCCGCACUGCCACGCCGAGAUCGAGUCCACCGUCAAAACGUCGCCCUCCACCAUGGCCUGGCUCUCAGGCGCGCUCAUCGCGCUCUUCGGCUGCUGGAUGGGCUGCUGCCUGAUUCCCUGCUGCAUGGACGAGUGUAUGGACAAGGAGCACAGCUGCCCCAACUGCAAGGCCUUCCUCGGCAAGUACCGACGGUAAACGUGCUGCCACCCAGCGGCGGCGGCGACAACUACAGCUAAACUGCGUCAGCCGACAAGGCGUGCUGGCCGACUAUUCACUGCGCCAGAUCGCCCACCGAAAGUCUGACUGGCGAGAGCCCGCGUACAGUGUCAGUGUCCUCUACACCUCCGGGAUAAAGCCUUCUGAGUGACACGCGAAUUCGGCGAAUACGUCUGGGGACGUAGGUGACAGUCCGCGACAGUGUAGUCACUCUAACUAUCAUACGUGUCUGUCGUAGCCCGUGGAGCGGAUCGGUCCGUCCGCUCCCGCGCCGCUCGCCAAAGUACCGGCUGACGCCGCCAGCGCCGUGGAAGCCAGCCGAUCGUCGGGCCGUCUAACCGAGUGUGGUCGUAUUCUCGAGCCAGCCUGGCGCAGAGCGCGCCCCGGGCUGGCAGUGGUGUCAGGAGUUCGUGUAUCCGUGUUGCGGGCGGGGUGAAAUGUGCUGCCGGGGAUCGGGGUUAUUCACCAGCAGCCCGCGACUGCUGAGGGUGGGUGGGGUCAGCAUUUUGUGCCUCUGUCGUCUCUCUGUGUCUGUUGCUGUGGUCUGAACUGGACUGACAUGGUGACUGUAGUAACACUGGACGGCCGCCGGCCUAUGAACCGUCCUUCGGACCGGCGGCUGUUGCAUUUUGACGUCCAAGUGACGGCGUUGUGACCACCGCGACUCUCCGGGCGCGUCCCGCUUCUCGCAGUACCGUAAAUGAUCGACUGUUACAGACUAUUACAAAUCAGUGUGUAUUCAUAGGAGCGUACAGCUGCUGUUAUCGAACUGUUCCUAUUUUGGGCAGCCGUGUUAAUACCGGAAGGCAGCACCGAAGCUUUUUUGCUACUGUCGCCGUGGUGGUUCCUUUACGCUGGGCUAAUCAGCUAUACGCGUGACCGAGUCUUUCUCUGGCAUCUGAUUGCUCUCCGGUCACUGUGUGUGUCGCGCUGUGCGUGCCGGUAUCUGUUUCUGCGGGGCUGCUAACACUAGCUGGGCCGGGCGGACCGCCACGCCCGGCAGUCGGACGCCCAAAUAAACACGCACUCCGAGACUGUG